AUGCGGAGCCUGGCACAGAACCUCGCGGACCUACUGUGGGAUACAGACGGAGAGCUGGUCUGGAUGGCCCUCUCUGUAUUGAACAAUGAUAUCCAGGACAGAGACAUCCCAAUCUCCACCCCCACUGCCCUGCAGCUGGCAGAGAUGCUCCAGCCACUCUUUGGCUACGACAACAUCCACGUGCAGGUGCUCUCCAUUUCCCUCUUCCGCAAGGUGAUGGAGUUGGGAGUGGAUGAGAGUAAAGAACUCCUGAAGACACAAGUGGUCUACAGCCUGCUCCCACUUUUCUUCCACUGCCAUAACGAGAACCAGGACGUGGCAGAAGCCUCUCGGGAAGCGCUGCUUCGUGCGGCGCGGUUGCUGAAGAGGAGGGAUCUUGUCAAGCUGCUGAAGGCAGAGCAGCCUUGGAGGUUCAGUGAGUGCCUGCUGAAAAAGGACCGGAACCAAGUGGUCCAGUACCUGCACCAGGCCCUGCCGCACCUGCGCAGCCCACAGCAGCCCCUGCGAGAGGCGGCCCUCAAGUUCAUAG